AUGGCUACUGCUUCUGGUUUUCCUUCGGGAAUAAGCGGGUCCAGAAACGGACCAUCCGUUUCUUCGCCCUCUUCUGGAAUCCCUGGUCAAGCUCAGCCUAUGGUAGUGGUCUGGGAAUGGCAGGACGAUCUUGGCUUUUGGCGACCGUACAGUGGACAGGUGAGCUGCUACAUCGAACAAUGCCUACAGCAUCAACGGGUAGUGAGACUUGGUGGACCAGCUUCAUCUAGUAUCUCCCUCGGACAAUCAGAUCCAAGUCUGGCGCCUUACAUCAUUGACAUCCCAAACUUAAAACAGUUCCGUCAGGAUACCGGGAAGAUGCGUUCUGUCCGUCGAAGCCUGUUCCCCCAGUCCUCCGCCCUGGGCAGUGGUGGUCUUUGGGAAUGGGCCAACGACGAGGGCAGCUGGACUGCGUAUGAAACUCGUACCUCCAUUUUGUUGGAGCACAGCUACCAGGCUGGUCAGGCCACCGCCGACCUCGUGCCGCACGGCUACAACUACAUCGUGGACCUCACGGCCCUGGAGCAGGUGAACAAAUCCACGAGUUACAGGCGUCAGGUCCGACGGCUCGCCGGCGCCCCCUACCCGCUGGCGUCGUCCGGUUCGGUCAUCCAUUCUGGCCCGGCGUGCACUUGCCAGCAGUGCCUGAGCCAUGGCAGCGCCGCUGGACCCAUGCCCAGUCGCUCACGCCACUCCUUCACAGCCGGCCAAACCAGCCGACCCAGUCUCCAACAGCACGGCCGGGUGGCGGCACCCAACAGCUCUUCAGUCUACUCGCCCUACCCCAGAAGGCCUCACUCUGUGGGGAGCAUGUCAUGGGGAGGCCCCCCUUGGCAUCAACCCACAUCCAUGGCUCAACCUCCCGGAGCUUCACAGUCUUUCGCUCCCAGUACAAAUGGUUUGAGCGUUUCCGCUAUCCCAGUACAGCUGAACGGAUCAAGCAGUGUGAGUGCUGCUCUAGCAGGCAUGGCUUCCAUUUUGAUGUCAGCAGCUGGACUGGGAGUUCGCUUCAUGAGUGCCCCCUUCUCCCAGCAUCGCUCCGACAGGCCCACCAAAUCCAAUUCCAGCUCCGUUAGGAGGGCAAAGAGACAGCCCAAGACAGCGCCUAAACCAGAAGAGGUCAUUCAGAAAUACAUGGAAGAAGUGCCUGUUGCUCCAGAUGAGGACUGCAUCAUCUGCAUGGAGCGUUUAGCGUGUCCCUCUGGUUAUGAGGUGCCUUCAGAGGGCUGCAAUUCUCUGCAGCCUAACACGGUGGGCAAAUUCACCAAGUGUGGACAUACCCUGCACAUGCUGUGUAUGCUGGCCAUGUACAACAACGGAACCAAGGAUGGAAGUCUUCAGUGUCCUUCUUGUAAGACAAUCUACGGGGAGAAAACGGGGACCCAGCCGAAGGGCAAGAUGGAGAUCUAUAGCCUCCCGCAGUCCCUCCCUGGCCACCCGGACUGCGGCACAAUACAGAUCAUAUACAGCAUCCCGCCGGGAAUCCAGGGUCCAGAGCACCCAAACCCCGGCAAGCCGUACACCUGCAGAGGGUUCCCUCGGUUUUGCUUCUUGCCCGACAACUACAAGGGAAGAAAGGUGCUGGAGUUGCUCAAAGUAGCCUGGACCAGACGUCUGAUCUUCACGGUGGGAACGUCCAGCACGACGGGCGAACCGGACACGGUCGUUUGGAACGAGAUCCACCACAAAACCGAGAUGAUGUCCAACGUGUCGGGUCAUGGCUACCCUGACCCAAACUACCUGGACAAUGUUCUGGCAGAGUUGGCCUCCCAAGGCGUGACGGAGGACUGCCUAAAACCAGAAAACCGCGACGCUCAAAGCUCGGCCUUGUGAACCGCUCAAAGUCUACCCAAAACCGACCUACGCAAUCGUCCACGGGAGACGGGACGAGAGAAAACCGGGACUCGGUCCUGAUCCGAAUCCCUUUGUGCAAAACCUCUGUUGUGUAUGAAUGUGUGUGAAAAUGGACAGAGAUGUGCCAAAAUAUAGGCUGUCCCGUUACUUUGACCCAUUUCUGCCUCUGUCAGUGGUCAGAGCAGUGUUGUAUUUUCCCC